AUGCCAGUACGGAGGGGACACGUCGCACCUCAGAACACUUUCCUGGACACCAUCAUCCGCAAAUUUGAGGGCCAAAAUCGUAAAUUCAUCAUAGCCAAUGCCCGAGUCGAGAACUGUGCCAUCAUCUUCUGCAAUGAUGGAUUCUGCCACAUGUGUGGCUACACACGUGCUGAGGUGAUGCAGAAGCCAUGUACCUGCAGCUUCCUGUAUGGGCCUCACACAGGCAGAUCUGCUGUGGCCCAGAUGGCUAAAGCAUUGCUGGGCUCGGAGGAGAGAAAGGUGGAGAUCUCCCUCUAUAGGAAAGAUGGAGUGUGUUUCCUCUGCUUGGUGGAUGUGGUUCCAGUCAAGAAUGAGGAUGGACUGGUCAUCAUGUUCAUCCUGAAUUUUGAGCUGGCAGACCAGCAGGACAGCACUGCUAACAGCUCACCACUAAAGGACAACCACAGAUUCUCAAUUCCAUGGAUUUCUAAAGCUUGCAAACACAGGUUCAAGCUGCCCAGGCCUUUGUUUAACUCUCUGAGUAGCAGCAAGUCAUCUCUGCAUGAUGACGCUGAGUUGGGUAACAUGCACAAGAUGCCACACAUGGGCCAUGAGUCAGUGGCUCUGGACAAACUGUUGUCCCUGCCAGAUCGAUCAGCACUAGGACGGCUUCCAUUGCUUUUGUGGGAUGAUGAACCACCUCUAGAGCCACACGGUGAGCUUCAGUCCUCACCACCAUCCCAAGCCCCAUUCCAUGGAUUUUUGCAGUCCCCCUCAGACUGCCCAAAGAAUUCACCCUCCAACUGCAGCAUGUCCCACAGCCGCUCAUGUGAAAGCCUUUGUAGCACACGCCACUUGCCGUCUAGUGUCUGCAACUGGGACAGGAAGCUUCCCAUCAGACCCAGCAGCAUGGGUGCCAUGCAUCGUAAAGCCAGUUUGCCUAACUCUACAUCAGAUUCAGACCUGAUACGGUUCCGCAUGGUAAAUACUAGUCCUAUAGCAACACACAACUUAAUCGACUUCAAACCAGACCCCUUGGUAACUCUCCCUUCCAGUGAGAUUGAUAUAAUUACGCCUUGCAAGUUGAUUGAUCGGACCCACAAUGUGACUGAGAAAGUCACUCAGGUACUGUCUCUGAGUGCUGAUGUCCUCCCUGAGUACAAGCUUCAAGCUCCCCGCAUCCACAAGUGGACCAUCCUGCACUACAGUCCCUUCAAGGCUGUAUGGGACUGGGUUAUUCUGUUACUGGUUAUCUACACAGCCAUCUUUACACCAUACUCGGCAGCCUUCCUGCUAAGUGAUGAGGAGGAGGCUGCCAGGCAGCGCUGUGGAUACUCCUGCAGUCCUCUCAAUGUGGUGGAUCUCAUUGUAGAUAUAAUGUUUGUUAUUGAUAUUGUCAUUAACUUUCGCACAACUUAUGUCAAUACCAACGAUGAGGUGGUCAGCCAGCCCGGCCGCAUUGCUGUGCACUACUUUAAAGGUUGGUUCCUCAUCGACUUGGUGGCUGCCAUUCCAUUUGACCUGCUUAUCUACCGCUCUGGAGAAGAGACAACCACUCUGAUUGGUCUGCUGAAAACAGCUCGGCUGCUGCGGUUAGUACGUGUGGCACGUAAACUGGACCGGUACUCAGAGUAUGGAGCAGCAGUGCUCUUCCUGCUCAUGUGCACCUUUGCGUUAAUUGCACACUGGCUGGCAUGUAUCUGGUAUGCCAUAGGGAAUGUGGAGAGAAGUGGUUCAUCUCGAAUCGGUUGGCUAGACUCACUGGGAGAACAGCUUGGCAAGCCUUAUAAUGAGACAAUUCCAUCUUCUGGACCAACCAUUAAAGACAAGUAUGUCACUGCUCUUUACUUCACCUUCAGCAGUCUGACCAGCGUGGGCUUUGGGAACGUCUCACCAAACACCAACCCUGAGAAGAUCUUCUCAAUUUGUGUUAUGCUCAUUGGUGCACUGAUGUAUGCCAGUAUCUUUGGGAAUGUGUCAGCUAUUAUCCAGAGACUUUACUCUGGAACUGCUCGCUACCACACACAGAUGCUACGGGUGCGAGAGUUCAUUCGAUUCCACCAGAUCCCCAAUCCACUAAGGCAGCGACUAGAGGAGUAUUUCCAACAUGCUUGGUCCUACACCAAUGGUAUUGAUAUGAAUGCUGUGCUGAAGGGUUUUCCUGAAUGCUUGCAAGCAGACAUUUGUCUGCAUCUGAACCGCAGUCUGCUACAGAACUGCAAAGCCUUCAAAGGCUCCACCAAAGGUUGCUUACGUGCUCUAGCCAUGAAAUUUAAGACAACACAUGCCCCACCAGGAGACACACUGGUUCAUGCAGGUGAUGUCAUUUCAGACCUCUACUUUAUCUCCCGAGGCUCCAUUGAAAUCCUGAGGGGUGAUGUAGUAGUAGCCAUCCUGGGAAAGAAUGAUAUAUUUGGGGAGCCCAUUAAUUUGUACACACGCCCUGGGAAGUCAUGCGCUGAUGUAAGAGCUCUGACCUACUGCGAUCUGCACAAGAUCCAGAGGGAGGAUGUUUUGGAGGUGCUGGACAUGUAUCCAGAAUUCUCCAAUUACUUCUGGAGCAACCUGGAGAUCACCUUCAGCCUUAGAGACACUACAACAAUUUCUGGGUCUGACACCAGCGAGAAGUCAGGAAAGGCCUACAUGAAAGAUCAAAUGAACAGAUCAACAAGUGCACUUUCCUGCCAUCGCAGUAAUGAAAAAGUGAAGACAGAAGCCAAACUUAACAGGACAACUCUUCAGCCUUGGAGGAGCAGGCAGUAUGAGGAAAAAGGACAAAAGGUUCAUCAGGACUUGGAUUCCUCAUCCUCUCAAACUAGCAGUGAUGAAGAGAAUGAGUCUAGGCAAACCUUCUUCCACAGUCACACUCCCAAAUUUCACAUAAGCAAACACAGAGAGCAAACAAGUUGUAACGAUAUCUCAGAGGUCUCCAACAUCUUUAGAUUCUGGGGAGAAAGCCAUGGGCAUUGUUACCAACAGGUGCCCAGCCACAGUUUACCCUGCCCUCCUCCCUCAUCUUCAUCUAUGGAUUUCUCACACAAUAUCACCCCCCGUCAAUGCAGUAAGGUGGAAAACAGACUGGAACUUCUGCAGAAACAACUUCGCAGCUUGGAGUCUCAUAUGUCUACAGACAUUGGAGCCAUCAUGCAGUUUCUUCAGCGGCAGAUGGCUCUUGUUCCACCAGCUUAUAGUGUUGUGACCUCUCCACCUGAAUCAUCACCAAAUGCACCUAAACUUGGACAAAAGCUUGUGCAACCAGUCAAUCCUUUAGAAACUGAGAGAUCAACCAUUCAAGCUCAGAUACUUGAUCUUGAGGAUAAUGGUGACAUCUCUACUAAGUCAUGUGAGCUGCUGCAGGACAGUGAGGAGUUCCACCUCUUAGAUUGUUCAUUGGCUUCCACUCCUGAGAGUCAGGGGUUUGACCCAAAAACCCAAAACGCUUGUGAAGGGCGACUGAGCAAGUCCAGUAGUCCUGAGAGGCUUACCAAUGUCAUGACCGCUGUUCCUGACAGGCAGCCUGUGGAUGUGACUGGUUCUCUGUGGAAUCCUACUCUCUAUGAAACUAUUAACCAUGAACACCCUCAACUCAUGCAAGAUUUGAUGUCUUCUGAAAAUGCAAGACGCCUUUCUUUGCAAGGUCAACGCACAACAAAAAAGUGCUCCUCAAUUCAGCAAAGACAUGCUUCUGAUCCUGGAUGUUAA